GCAGGCACACUGCUCAGUGCAGGGAGGCAGCUGGCAGUGACACUAGCUGCAGGAGACAAAGGACAUCUGGGCUGCUUGGGGACAAGGCGUGGAGCAGCCAGCUAGGAGGUGGUAAUGGAGGUCCUGCAGGGAGGAACCCACCUGCUCUCCUGGGGCACCGAGGUUGCUUUUCUGCUCUUGGCAGUUGUGGUGGUGUACUCCCUGCGCUCCCUGAUGGAUUACUGGUGGCGGUGGUGGGUGAUGAAGCCCAUCCCGGGUAUCAGCCCCUGCUACCCCCUGCUGGGAAACGCUCUGCUCUUUGAGCGGGAGGGAGAAGGAUUUUUUAAACAACUGCAACGUUAUUUUAAAGAAUUCAGGAAUAUUCCUUUGUUCAAACUUUGGAUAGGACCAUUGCCUGUGAUGAUUUUGUAUGACCCUGAUAGUGUGGAGGUUAUUCUGAGCAGUUCGAAGCACAUAGAGAAAUCCUACCUGUACAAAUUUCUACAGCCGUGGCUGGGCACUGGACUUCUGACGAGCACUGGAGAGAAGUGGCGGACGCGACGGAAAAUGAUAACUCCCACGUUCCACUUUGCAAUCUUAACCGACUUUCUGGAAGUUAUGAAUGAGCAAGGGAGUAUUUUAGUGGAGAAACUUGAGAAGCAUGUUGACAAGGAGCCAUUUGAUGUCUUCUUAGACAUCACUCUGUGUGCCCUUGAUAUAAUCUGUGAAACUGCGAUGGGCAGGAAUGUGGGUGCUCAGGAGAAUAAGGAUUCCGAGUAUGUUCGUGCUGUUUACAGGAUGAGUGAUCUAAUCCAACGGCGACAGAAGAGCCCUUGGCUUUGGCCUGAUCGUGUAUUUGUGCUGUUCAAAGAAGGAAGAGAGCACGAGAGGAAUCUCAAGAUCCUUCACAGUUUUACAGAUACAGUCAUUGCAGAAAAAGUUGCAGAACUUGAAAAAUCCAAGCAAGGGAAAUGGGAUGCUGAUGACAGCUGUGAAGAAAGUGGCUCCAAAAAGAGAAAAGCUUUCCUGGAUAUGCUUCUGAGUGCAACAGAUGAUAAAGGGAACAAACUGAGCUACAGGGACAUUCGUGAGGAAGUGGAUACUUUCAUGUUUGAGGGCCACGAUACAACGGCUGCGGCUGUGAACUGGGUGCUGUACUUACUGGGGCAUAAUCCUGAAGUCCAGAAGAAGGUUCACGGAGAACUGGACGAGGUGUUUGGUAACAGUGAGCGUCCUGUCACGAUGGAGGAUUUGAAGAAGCUUUGGUACCUUGAGUGUGUUGUGAAAGAAGCCCUUCGUCUCUUCCCUUCGGUUCCGCUGUUUGCCUGUACCUUGCGGGAGGAUUGCUAUAUUAAAGGCUAUCAGGUACCAAAAGGCACAAAUGUUCUUGUUGCAACUUAUGCACUGCACAGAGACCCAGAGAUCUUCCCUGACCCGGAGGAAUUCAGACCUGAGCGGUUCUUCCCUGAGAACUGUAGGGGAAGGCACCCGUAUGCUUACGUGCCCUUCUCAGCUGGUCCCAGGAACUGCAUCGGUCAGCGCUUUGCACAGAUGGAAGAGAAAGCCCUUCUAGCCCUCAUCCUGCGGCGCUUUUGGGUGGACUGCAGUCAAAAGCAAGAAGAGCUUGGUCUGGCAGGAGAGCUGAUUCUUCGUCCAAAUAACGGCAUCUGGAUCCAGCUGAAGAGGAGGCCAAACUCUGUAUCAUAGGGAAAGGAAAUUCAAGACGUUAUUUUUCCAAAAACUGUUUAGGUUGGGGGAUGUUUUUAAAUCAGAUGUUUUGAUGGCAGUCCUGUUAGUGAGGCCUGGAAUCUUUUGGAACUAAAGUUGUUACUGAUUGUUUCAUCAAAGAUGAUGUGAUAGUUCUGAAGUGCUGUAGUCUUCUAAAGCAUGGUAACUUCAUGUUCAUUUUUAAGGUGCAAGUCUUUAACCAUCAAAUCUUAGUGCCUUGUGUACUCAGAUGAAUUGCAACAAUGCAAAGGAAAGGAAAUGAUGGGAUGAGAAACUGAAACCAGAAUUUACUGUAUUAGUCAAAGCUCCAAACAAUGAACCAAUCUGCCUUUCCUUUUUAAGGUCCUGCAAGCAACAUAGGUUCUUACUUGUUGAUGUUAAAGAGGAAUUGCAAUGAUGAACCUAAAUGCCUCUGAAAACUUCUGACUGUUCCUACUUUAGAGUCUCAGGCAGAAGCAAAACACACUCAGCAGCUCUCUAAGGUGUUAAUAAUGACAGAAAAGCCUGGAACUUAUUCAGGCAGCAAAACAGCAAGCAUAUUGAAUAACGUAGCUGAAAUAUUUUUUUAAACAGUUUUGUUCACUUCUUCUGCCACAGCCUCAGUAACAUGCUCAUAGAUGUUCUAGUGUUUUUUUUCCUGUUUUGUCAAUCAGAAUGCAUUUGGGGAACUCACAGGGAUAACAGUCAAGCCUGUAGUUCUAUUUAUUUAUUUAUGUCUUAGAGAAUGCAGCAGCAGCAUGCAUCUACGAAGGCUGCUGUAUUUAUAUCUCACCAUCGCACCAAGUCAAGGACAUAAAUGAUUUGUUCACUCAUUCAAUAAAAUAAAGGUGUCAUACUCUCAGUUUGGAGUUCACAGUGGUAUCCAGAUGUCUCCCAGAGAUAUUCACAGAACUUCAAUAAUUUUUUCCCUCCCCCCAUAUUCUUGCCCAAUGAAGCUCUGUCUUUUGAAGAAGGAUAAGGCAACCACACAGUAGACAAAAGCAGACUAUCGUUAAAGAUCAUCUUUUCCUGAAUGUUCCUCUAGUCAUAUUGGUACUAUAAGCCCCUUGAUUUAACCUAUGUAACAUGUAAAAACAUGGCCUUAAUCCAUAAGCCUCAAGCCAUGCCUCAAGACUUUGAAGGCUCCUAGGUAUAAGUAGGUGACACUUUGGCCUUCCAAAUAGUUGGGCUAUUUCUCAUGCAGUCAUCAGCUGGCUGUAGUUUUGCAUGUUGCAGCCCAGGUACAAGAUUUGUUCUUCAGGUUAGAUCUAAAUCAACCAUAAGCCCCACAGCUGGAGGGCAGACUCCAUGGCUUUUGUAAACACUGGAGAAGAAACUAGUGCUAGACCAAGCUGGGGUCCUCCAGCUGGUCUGCCCUUCUGUUCUAUACUCACAUUUCUUUCGAGUGGUGUGUGUUACCCCAGCAUUGACCCCUGGCACUGCUCAAAGGAGGGCAUGUACAGAUAAGCUUGUUUGUAUUUUAUCUGCUGAUGCAGCUGCUGUUCUGACUCUCCUUAGUGAAACAAUCUGCCAAGAAUCUGCAUCCCUGCUGUCCCUUGGAUGGUGCCUCCUAGCCAAUGGGAGGUGGUGCCUGCUGCGGCCCAGGGGACAGGGCCCAGUGUGGCCAGUUGCGAGGUCAUGAUGGAGGUCUUGCAGGGAGCUACAGGAGGAGCCCAGCUCUUGAUGGUUGUGGCAGUGUGCUCCCUGAUGGAUCACUGGUGGCGGUGACGGGUGCUGAAGCUGAUCCUGGGUAUCAGCCCCUGCUAUCCCCUGCUGGGAAAUGCUCCACUCUUUGAGUGGGAAGGUCAGGGCAGCUCACCCUGUAGUCCACCUGUGAGGUCCCUCCAGUGUGUGGGACUUUGCUGCAAGAGCCAUGCCUGGUGAGGGCCUUGGAGGCAGAGCUGUGGCUGACCAUGAGGGUAGUAGUGUGUGCCAUGCAUCACCUUUAGGGCACUUUGGGCUGUGGGUGACCUACAGAGAGAAAUUGGAUGAGAAGCUGGAAGCCAGAGCUGAUACAGCUCAUGAUGGUUUGGUCCACUUCUAAUUAAUGUGUUACUAAGAAAGAAAGAUGUAAUCUCUCCUUACUGUUUUUGUUGAUUUUACAGAUUCUUUUCUUUUGUCUGUUGUGCACUUCUAAUAACACAAGGUGGUUUAAUGCAUAGGAUGCCACUGUACUUCAUAAAACAUCAGAAUAGAAGGAAAAUAUUUCCUAUAAUUUCCAAGUUUCCUUGAACCUGCUGAAUUCUUUAUAUUUUGAUAACUUAGGUUUUGCCUUUUUCUGAAGAUUUUGGACAAAAAAAAAAAGAUGUAACUAUCUAGUUUACAUAAAUGAAAUCACAGACCUAGGCAAAUAGUUUAUUGUAAUUGCUACCUUUCUAUUGCCAUAAAAAAGUGAUGUAACAAUGGAUAAUAUAGCUUUUUCACUUCAUUUUCAGAUGCAGUUUUCAUUGAUGAUGACGAGAAGUUAAUUUUACAGGGCUGAUUGUUAAAAGCAUUUUCUUUAUCAAAAGAUAACUUUCAGAGACUACCUUCUUAUGCUAAUACACAUCAAACAAAUGA